AUGAACCCAGAACCAGAAUACCCAGCACGCGCCCAACUGCGCCAGCUCGUGGCCCUGCAUCCGCUCCCGUCGCUCACCCCCGAGCUCAUCGCCAAAACAUCCAUCAAAGAGGAUGAUGCCACGAGCAAAGCCAGAGCUACCAUAUCCCUCCUCAACACAGCCCUGGAGACCAGCAACCCCCAGCUCCUUGCGAGCUGCUUCUUCCCGGGGCAGGCAUUCUGGAAGGACCAGCUGGCGCUCACGUACCAUCUGCGCACGUUUACGGACCGAGAUGUGAUUGUGGCGGCAUUGCUGGAGACCAGCGCCUUGAGAAGAAUUUCUGACGGGAGAAUGGAGAUGCAGGGUGCUGCUAAAUUCGUUGCGGUUUCGCCCACUCUGCAAUUCAUAGACUGCGCCAUUGUAUUCCAGACAAACUCUCCCGCUGCUUCGUGCAGGGGCCGCUUGCUCUUCCUGCCUGUCUUGGCCGGGACAACCGUCGAGUGGAAGAUUUGGGUGCUGAAUACUCGUCUUGGAAAUCUUGAUAUCCAGCCCGAGGACGAGGCGUUGCUCAGCGAGCCGAGAAGACACCUGGACUUGGGCAGUCUAGACAAGUUCGAGACAGACGUCUUCAUCAUCGGUGGUGGGAAUGCAGCCGCCGCCCUCUCAGCCAGACUAAAAGCCCUAGGCGUCGAGAGCGUCAUGGCCGAGCGCAACGCGCACGCCGGCGACAACUGGGCACGGCGCUACGACUGUCUUCACUUCCAUCUCCCCACGGCGCUAUGCGAUAUGCCGUAUAUGCCAUAUGACCCCGACCUACGCGGCGCACACUACCUCUCCCGCGAUGAACUGGUCGCCCAUCUCCGCCGGUAUAUCACCACCCUCGGGCUGAACUAUCUCACCUCCGUCCAGAUUCUAUCAACGCACUACUCCCCGUUAACUUCGCGGUGGACAGUCCGCUUCCGGACUCAGAUGGGUGAAUGCACGGCCACAGCAAAGCAUCUUGUUCUCGCGACGGGGAUCGGCUCGCAGAGGCCGAAUGUGCCUGUGCUCGCGGACAGGGAUGUUUAUACGGGAAUUGCAAUGCAUUCGGUCGAGUAUACGAGUGCGCGGGCGUUGGUCGAGCGCGGAGUAAAGUCAGUCCUAAUCCUCGGCUCCGCAAACACAGCCAUCGACAUCCUAUCCGACUGCAACGCCCACUCCCUAAAACCAACCCUCCACGUCCGCUCCCCCACCUACAUCCUCCCCGCAUCCUACCUCGCCCACCCCGCCGGUCUAGGCUUCUAUAACGUCGACGUCGCGGCAGCAGACACCCGCUUCCUCACCCUGCCCACCAUCAUCGAUGCGCAGUUCACGCAGGCCCGGCUGCGGCACCUUGCGUCGCAGGGCGCUGAGCGCACGCGGUACAAUGCCCUUGCUGCGACUGGGUUUCCGGUGUUGGAUAGUAAAAGCGAGGGGGUUUUGUUGGGGCACCAUUUCAUCGAGCGCGCGGGGGGCCAUUAUAUUGAUACCGGGGGUGCGGAUGUUAUUGUGAACGGCGGGGUAAGGAUGCGGGUUGGCGCUGAGGCUGUGGCGUUCACGGAGACCGGAGUGAGGUUCUCGGAUGGAAGCGUGGAGGAGGCUGAUGCUGUGGUGUUUUGCACGGGGUUUGCGGAUACGGAUGUUCGGGAUGGGGCGGAGGCGAUUCUGGGUGGCAGGAAAGACAAGGAGGAUUCAACCCAAACCAGGGGCCAAACUCAUGUGGACGGCGUGGAGGAUGCGUGCCAUGCAGAUGGCGACCAGCUUGAUGCAUCGGACAUUGCGGCCCGGCUUGACGCAACAUGGGGUGUUGACAGCGAGGGCGAGAUCCGCGGGAUGUGGAAGCGGCAUGUGGCGAUGGACAACUUCUGGGUCAUGGGCGGCCACACGCAGCAGCAUCGCUGGUUCUCGCGCAUCCUGGCGCUGCAGAUCAGGGCCGCGAUUGGGGGGGUCCUCCCGCCGGCGUAUAGGGGUACGCCGGGGCUGAAGGCGAUCAUGGGGGCGAAUAAUGAAUACCUGAACUGA